AGCGGCGGCUGCCGUCGGCGCCUGGUGUCCCGCGGCGAUGUCCGGCGGCAGCAGCCGCGGCGGCUCCGGCUCCUCCUGGCACAGCGCCUUCUCCCGCUUCUUCGGCCGCGGCCCCCCCCGCCAGCGCCCGGCGGGCGCCCGCAGUUUUGAAAACAGAGGAAAUGAAGCCAUAAAUUUAAAGAGCAAUCAGAAGGAAAGCUCAACUCUUCCUCCACUGCUGACGGUUUGUCAAAAUGAGGAGAACCACCAUUCCACAGAAGAACUUAGCAAUUCUGAAAUCCAUGAGGACUUAAAAAAAGCUAAUAGUCUUCCUAGUUUGACACCUGGAACCAAAACAGCAGAUAAAGACAAGCAACCCAGAGAAGGUUUUUUUCAGUUUCUUGGAAGCUUAUUUAAUAUUGCCUCAAAAUCUUCUUUGGUAGAAUCUAAACCAUCUACCUUCCAAGAUGUACCCAGCAGAUGUGAAAAGGAUUUACAGAACAGAAAUACCAUUGUGGAAGAUAAACAUCUGAAGAAUCUGAAAACUGAAGAGUCUGUCUGCUCUACAGCUAGAAUAAAAGAGGAUUCUGUAAGUAAAGAUGACACCAUCUUAAACAACAUUGGGAAAGAUACCUCCCAGGAUCUACAAGACCGGAAACAAUGUGCAGAAGUGCUAAAGCAGAUGCAACAGAAACCAGAAUCACCUGCAGUUACUUAUGCAACAUAUCGAGGUUCUGCAAGGAUUAGGCAACUACUGAAGAACCAGUCAAAGAUGGCUGAAAGAGGAGAAGAAAAUACUGAGAACAGAAAUGCUUCACUUGUCAGAGAGAACAGAGAAAUCCAAACAACAGUGUCUUCAGAAUCAGGACAUUUAUUAAAAGAAAAUGGAGAAGAUGAGGAUAAAGAUAAUGAAGAUGAUGUCACAGUAAAUUGUUCUACCACUAGAGAAGACCUGAAGAAGUCUGGUAAAGCUCAGCAUUGCUUGGGUAGCAGUAAACAUGAAAUAACUGCAAAUACUUCAGCUUCAUCUGCUGAUUCAUCUAGCAAAGUCAACUUAAAACAUGCACGAACUUUAGUUACAACAAGAGUGAAGAGAACACAUUCACUAGAUUCAUUAUUGUCAUCUAGGAGGAGUAGUGAGAUACUGAUCAAUCCCACUUGCCAGAGUACCAAUUCCAUUACAAUGAGUCCUGCAAGUUGUUUGGUAGAGGAGGAAGUGGGAAUGCUGGGAGAGUCAGAAGCUCAGUUUCAGACAGAUGAAAAUGCUGCUUUUAAUAUCAAUAAAGAAAUUCAUUGUAGCAAAGCAUCUAAUAAGGAAUCUGCAAAAAAAGUGCAGAAUGAUAGUUUACAUUCACCCAAAUCAAAAAGCAAGACAGUAAAUGAAGAACUACAGCUGAGAAAGGGAGAAUAUUGCUGUAAUCAUCGAACAGGGAGUCCUUCAGAGCUAGCAUUGGAUGUCCAGAUGCUUCAUUCCAAUGCCACUGCAUUUCAACAGCAUACAGAUAGUGCAAAUAAAGAUAGCCAUCCUAGAAAAAGUGAUGCACAGAGAAUUGUGGCAGCUGUAGGAAGUGAGCAAAAUCCACAAAACUGUAUUUCUGCUAUGCUUUUGCCUUUUAAUGAACAAAUACCUACUUUGCUUAGCAUACAGAACAAAGGAGACAAAUGCAGAGCUACAGGUAAUCCAGCUGCUUCAGUAGCAUCUAUUAAAAAUGAUGAAGUUACAGUCAUGGACACGGAAAGCAGUAAUGAAGAACUGAGUGAAUUAGGGAAGACAAUGCAUGUACAAAAUGAUCACCAGUUAAUCCUUGUGGACAAUAAUAAGGAUACUAGUGCGGAACAGUUUGGUUUGCCUUCUCUAGAAACUGAAGGUGUUGAAGCAAUGAAGGUUUUGUCUGAGUUUACAGUGAAAAAUCUUGACAAUGCAUCAUCUUGCAUAAAUGAGUGGGAAAGUCUGAAAUCUAACUUUGGUGAGUUAAUGCCUCCUCUCUCUGUUUCUUAUGAAUUGUCUUUUGAAACUGGAGACUAUUGCUCAACUUCUCAUCUUCCUAGUUCCGAAUCUGAAAAUAAAGCUACAAGGGAAAGAAAAGUCAGUUUAAAAGAUGUGAGAGACACUAUUUCUUCUCCUGAUCAUGAAGAUGAGAAGAAAAAAUCUCUUGAGCAUGUAGAGAUGAGCCUCUCAGGAAAUUCACUUCCUGUCCAUGAGCUUGGUGUUGUUUCCUUUAAAACUGUUCAAAACAUUCCUGUCAAGACAUCAGUUGCACCCGCAGAAGGUAACACAGCAAAGACUGUACCUUGGCCUUUAAUCAGUAUUGACAGGACAGAUGAUGCUAUUGCUGCUGCUACUUCUAAAAUGGAGAAGGCUGGUAUGUCUGAGACUGCUCUUGUUCCUUCUCAAUCUAAGGAUUACGUCUCUGAAUUUUCCUCUCAUAUUUCUAAGUCACAAGAAGAAAUUCUAGAGGUUUCGCAUCCUUCCAUGAUACAUGGAAGGAAGCCCUUGACCAACCAUUGCCCUUUUGUCUGUGAAAAAGAUGUUGAUGUAGACAUCCUUACUGAAUCUCGGCCUAGUAUUGAAGAUAAGGAUAUGAAUAUUUCUUCCAAAAAUGAAAACAAUAGUAAGCCUACAGUAUCACCUACUGUAUUUAAUUCUUCAUCUGACAACCAUCAAAAAGCGCCUUCCUCCACUAACUCUGAAACUGGCAAAAUUGCUAAAUCAUCUGCUGCUUCUGAACAGGACAGCCAGUCCAGCUGUAUUUUUCCUGCUGCUGAGUCAAGAAGAAUUAUCCCUGAGGACAGAAUGACCAGGAUGCAGCUUUGCCCAGAAGACCCACGAGCUACAUGCCCAGCCGUUUCUCUGGAAUCUGACUACAUCCAGCCUACUUCACCAUCCAAGGAAACCUGCAAACUUUCUGUUUCUGCCCUUGAAACCCAGGAGAGCAAUAAUUCCCCUAAUCCUAAACCCAAUGAUGGGGCAGAGUAUGCCUCCACUGCACAAAAAUCUGAUGGCAGUGUAUUGACAAAGAAAAUACCAUCUCCUGUCUGCACUUUGAAAUCUUUGGAAAUGGUCCCUGAGCCAGUCUGUACUGAGAAUGUGAGCAAAAAUACCGUGAAAGAGGUGACUCUCUAUAAUCAUGUUCCUGCUAUCUCAGAAAUCUCUUGUAAAAUUGGUAAUCAGAAACUUACAGAAUCAAAAGAGCUCUAUUCUGAUGAAAUUUUGAAACAUAUGGAUAUACAAGGGCAAGAACAUGCUAAAUUCCAAGAUGCUGCUCUCUUGUUUAAAAAAGCUGAGGAAAUAGUGGAGUCAGUUUUACACUUAGCUCUAGAAGAAAUAAUAGCAAAACAAGCAGUUGGUGUCUGCCAGGUUUGUGGGAGUAAAGAUAGUUUAAUAAAUCUGGAUAUUCUAAAUGAUCAGAAAACUGGAACUGUACAGCUAGAAGAAGAAGAAAUCCAGUCAGCUGUGCAAUCAUUAAAGCAGUUUAAUGAGAGCUAUGCAGGAAGCUCAUCUCCAUUUAAAGAAAAGGCAACAGUUGAUACAAAUAAUCAAGAUGAACAGAUUCCCCUUUACAUCUCUGAUAAAAUUGACCUACAUAGUUCACUGGCAUUGAAAGCAAGAGAAAUAAUUGAUGAAGUUAUUUACUCAGCCAAACAAAAACUGACAUCCAAUCAGUGGCAAGGCAGUGAGAGCAGAAAGGCUUCUGAAAAGCUUGAGCCUGACCCUAAGGCUGAAACCCCAAAGAUUUUAAACUCGGAUAUUAAGUCAUCUGCCAAAAUACAUGAAUUAAACAAAGAAACAACAGAGAAGGUAGAGGCUCAGAAUGUGACUAUAAGCACUGAAAAAGCAGAUUAUUCAGACCUUCCUUUGCUUCUAAAUAGUAUGGAAAAUAACAUACAUGGGCUAGAAGGAGGUGAAAUGGUACCAAGAAAUGUAUUUACAUGUCAAAAAAAUGGAUUUCUACCUACUGGCAGUUUAGCAAAGCCAGAAUCUGACCUUAUGAUAGUAGCAGAAGAGAGACAUACUAAAAAGGUGUAUGAAAACAUGACUGCCACAGAGACAUGUGGUAAAGCUAAAGUAUCAGGAACCAGUAGCAAAUCUGAUGUGUCUUUACAUUUAAUAAAUAGAAAUAUUGCUGUGGCUGAAGAGGUGUUUCUGCCAUUAUACUUCAAAGAUUCGUGCAAUAGUACAAAUACGCCAGAAUGCACGUUGCAGCCAACUGUAAACGUUAAUGUGUCAUCUUCUGUGAAUGGUGAAGAAAAUAUCAGCAUGCAGAGUGAACCUAAAGACAAAAGCAGUCCUCACGGUUGUCUGGAAAGCAGUGCAGAGAAAAGUUUAUAUGAGCACCGUGAAAGGGAGGCUGCAGAAGAAGUAUCUGCACAAGUAAGAGCAACCUUAGAAGAUUUGGAGGCAGAGAAUAAAGACGAAUUAGCCAAUGGAGCAAGUGUGAUAACACAGGUUGAUAUUGGAUUAAAUACACAGUUCAUUGCAUCUGAAUUGCCAGCUAUUGGAGAGGUCAGUGAGGGGGAAAAUUACUUCAACACAGUCUUUGCCCAAAAUACUGAGACUCUAGAACAGGUACAAAUGAAGGAUGGUGACAUGCAAACAGAUGGUUAUCUUGAAGAAGAUGGCCUGGACUGCAGCAAUGACAUGGAGGAAUCAGCAAAUCAUUUGGCCUUUUCUCCACCAAUUGAACAGGGGGAAAAUAGUUCUUUUACUAUAAUUUAUGAAGGUACCCUUCAAACUGAGAACAAAUCUGUGUCCACUGACGAGAUGCAGACUAGCUCUCUCUCUUCUUAUCUGCCACUCGAUAAUACAGAUCAUUUUCUAAUGCAUAAAAGAACAAUGAAUAGACAUGAACCAACCUAUCCUUAUGAAAGGGAUAACAAAUUGAAUGAACCAAUGGAGAGCCAUAGCUCGGAGUCAUUUCUGAACGUGGAGGCUAAGCGCUAUAGAAUAUAUCCUUUUUCACUGUCUCCAAUUUAUGAAGAUGACAGCUCCCAAGAAGACCUGUUAUCCACAGAUGUGUCACCAGAAUGCCAUCCUAGCGGACUAUCUAAAGAUAACACUGACCAUUCUUCUGUGCUGUCCCUUCUUCAGUCAGUUUCUGAGCGUUUGCAGUUUACUACUCAGCUUAGUGAAGAGGAGGAGGAAGUAGAAGAGGAGGAGGAGGAGGAAUCAUUUUAUGAAGAAAAUACUCUUGGUGCUGACAGAGAAGAAGAAUGUGUUUCCAGUCAGUGGACAGGGAAUUUAAAAACCACCUCUCAAACAAAUGACCAAAAUAGGUCUUUGUAUCCUAAACAAACACCUUUUCUUUUAAAAGAACAACAGAACUCUAUGGAGCAGCCAGAACUGCUUCCAGAUGCUACUUCUCCCGGUCAAACACAUUCUAAGCCAGUUUCACAGAAAGUUGAUGCUGCUGUAAAACGUUCUUCUACAAGUGUGUAUUACCAAUAUUUGCAAUCUGCCAGAAAUUACUCCUCUGAGAAGGGAGCCAGAUUUGGAAGCAUUCUGCCGGAUAUGUUGCAGCCAAAGAGUCGUUGGUCCCAAGAUUAUGCCUUGCCAAAAUUGGGAGAGUUGUCAGCGAACUUCAUUGACAGAGCAAGUCUCAAAUGCAAUCCAAGACCAGGAAAGAUUAUUAUUUAUGACAUUCAUGGAGACAAAAGUAAACAAGAAAUUCAUUCUGAUGUGCUAGAUACCACAUCCUGGAUCUUUCCAAUUGGAGCAUUACUUAGGAUAAUUAGAGGAUGCUGGAUAUUUUAUGAGAAACCAAACUUCCAGGGUCGGAAAUACGUUCUAGAAGAAGGAGAAACUGUCCUUGAUCACCUUUGGGAUCUUCCGGGCAUGAAACAUCGUCGACGAAACCUCAUAGUUGGUUCAGUCAAACAUGUAACAAAGGACUGCAGCAUUCCAGAGGUGGAGUUCUGCCUGGGAGCUGGCACAGAGGGAUCUCCUAUCUGCAUACAGGGCGCAGUCGCCAAUUUGGAAGAACUGGAUGUUGAAAAAAACCCUUAUAUUAGGGUCAGAUCAGGCGUAUGGCUUGUUUAUUCAGACCUUAAUUACAAGGGAGAGAUGAAAAUUUUGGAAGAAGGCAAUUCACCAUCUGAAAUUCCUUCAGCAGAUGUGAAAUCCCUACGUCCCUUAAAAAUGGGUGGGCUAAAAGUACAAAUGCCUAUGAAUGUCAAGAUAAUAAUAUAUGAGAAAACCCACUUUGGAGGAUGGUCCAAAGAGUUUUCUGAAAACAUCAGUUCUGUCCCAGCUCUGUUGCGUAAUGAAGAGGUUUUUCAGGAAAUUGGAUCAAUACGUGUCAUUGGUGGAGUAUGGGUUGCCUAUGACGAGGAAUGCUACAAAGGCCAUCAGUACCUGCUGGAGGAGGGAGAUUAUGAAGACAGACACUCAUGGGGGGGAACUGACAGUGUCCUAUUGUCUUUCCGGUUCCUUCAGGCUGAUUUCAUAGAAUCAUCAGUGACACUUUUUCAGUCUGAUGAUGAAGACGAGAAAGCGUUGGAUAUUGUCAAUGAAGAAAUUCCUGAUUUGGAGCAGGCUGGAUUUGGCCCAGAGACAAGAUCGAUUCUUGUGAGAAACGGAGUGUGGGUUGCCUAUCAACAGAAAUAUUUCUGUGGAGAACAAUAUGUAUUGGAGAAAGGAAAAUACAAGUGUUUCUUUGACUGGGGAGGAUCCAAUAAAAUUAUCAUGUCAAUUCGCCCUCUUAAGUUGGAACCACUUGGAAUGGAUGAGCCUCCACAUUUGCUCAAAGCUUUCAGUAAUACACAUUUCCAAGGAGCAUGUAUAGAUUUCACAGCAGAAGUUUCUGAUUUUACAUCAUUCAUACCAUGUUCUUUUAAGGUUCUUCGGGGAUGUUGGCUCCUGUAUUGCCAAGGGGAAAUUACUGACAAUCAAUGUGUGCUGGAAGAAGGCCUCUACCCUGACCUCGCUUCCUGUGGCUGCCCCACUGCUUCAAUCAAGUCCCUCAAGCCUAUUGAAUAUGUUUUUGCUGAACCCUCCAUCAGUCUGUUUGCUCUGGAAAGCUGCGCGGGCAGAGAGCUGCACUUCAGCGAACCCGUCAGCUCUGUUCUGCACGAGGAGCUUCAUUUUUACGCUCAGUCCGUAUGGGUGAGAAGUGGAUUGUGGAUUGCAUAUGAAGGAUGUCAUUUUUUAGGAAAGCAGAUUCUAUUGCAGCCCGGUGAGAUUUCAAACUGGAAUGAGUACAGUGGCUGGAAAGUAAUUGGUUCCCUUCGUCCUAUAAAACAGCCAGCCGUGUACCUCAGAGUCAAGAACCGAGCUCAAGGGAAAUAUCUGACAGUUGCUGGAAGCCGAGCAGAUAUAAGAGCAACAUCAGUGUGCGUGUCCCCAUACAACGGCAAGAACACUCAGAUCUGGCACUACUGUCGUGGACUCUUCAAAUCUAAGGCUAAUGAUGCCUGCCUGGAUGUCAUCGGUGGCAGAGAUGUGCCUGGGGCCAAAGUCGCACUCUGGGCAGAACACAGGAAGGACAGGCAAAAGUGGAGACUCAAUGAGGAUGGAACCAUCAGUUCAUACCUCAGCAACCAACUGGUGCUUGAUAUUAAAGGAGGAAAUUGUUAUGACAAGAAUCACAUCAUUAUGAAUCACCCCAUAGAGGAUGAACAUUCACAGAAGUGGGAUAUUGAAAUACUGUGAGUGAAACCCACCACACAGACUUGGGAAGGUGACCUUAAGUGGAUUAUUACCAUUUGGAGAAAAAGAACUACUGAAGUCACAUACCACUGGAACCUUAAACAGCAAAUCCUCUCUCCUCUCCUUCAAGCCAAGCACUGAUUCCUAAAACAACUGAAAUUUGCACAAAUCUGGAGGAGAAGUUGAUUAAAGUCUUCCACAGAGACUGCACUCUGAUCUGAUUCUUUAGAGGCCACUCCUAUGAAAUUCACUAUUACUGUUCAUCAAAGUAUUAAAAAGUAAAUGCGUAAGACUGGACAAGAAACUUUGCAGGACGUGAACUGCGAAAUAAUACGGGAAGGGUGCUUCAGAAAUGUUGCCUUUACCUUCCUCUCCAAAGCUGAUGGAAACUUGCUGAAGAAUGAAUGCACUAAUGAGGUUGAGUUGGACUGUUUUAUGUCCCAAGUAAAACUAUUUAGCCUCCAGAAGAUUCUGAAUCUCAAAUCAUCUCUCUUGCUGAAGUGCAGUUUAUUUUGUUCAUAAAAACAACUUUGAACUGGAAUUCUCAGCUCAGUGAGCAAGACGGAACAGGAUGAAAAGCAUAACUUUUCUACCUUCCUACUAUUAUUACUGGUAAAAUUACCUUCAUUUGUUUUAACAGUACCAAAUUUCUGGAUUCAGGAACUUAUUUUGCUGACCCGUGGGCUGUUUCCAACCUAUGAAAUUGUGGGCAGGUUGUCUCUAAAGAUAAGCUUUAACAUACAGCCAUACGUUCACAUAUCAAAAGAGAAUAAACUAUUCUGUAUCAGGUUAGAUUUCUGUAAGGGCUAGCUAAGUUUAGCGCAGUAACACUUUACUCACUGUAGCUGUAUUUUGCUUGAUGUAUAUAAAUUAAUGUAAUCCUUCACAAAAUAAUUCACCAUAGCAUAUAUUUUCAGAGGUGCUAACAGCUUGCAUUCCAACACUUGCUUGCUAUCAGAGGAACCAUGUACUGCAUGCUAAGUUCACCCUCAUCAGCAACAUGUACGUCUUAACCUUUGGAUGAGGAAAUAGACUAAGGAAGUCCUUGGUAUGGUGGUGAUUUCCUCAAUUUCAAUACUAUGCAAGCAUCCUACUAGCUAAGCUCUGAGAGAGAAAAAUACUUUAUUGGACUUUAAAUGUUGCAGGCUUAAAAGGCCUGCACCCCUCUCAAUACUGACAAAUAACAGAAUACAGUUACGUGGAGACAGUUGUAGGGCUGUGAACACCUGAAGUCCCUGAGAUCAUUUAAUUUCAGUGUCAUUGAUUUAGUCUACUUCACUGACUACGUAAUAUUAUCUUUCCUUAUUUGUAUUUUCAGGGUAUGUCUGUAUCUCUAAUUAUUUAAAGAGUUUAGAUUAGCUAAAGACAAAGAUACUAUUUUAGUUUCCAAAAGCUAUUCCACUUGUGCAUUCAAGCAGGUUCAUCCUUAGAAGAAAAAAAAAAAGAGUUUGCCACAAAAGUUAAACAACAUAUGGAUGUCUAUUUUUGUAUGAAAUGGAGUUCUAUAUAGUACUAUUUAAAAAAAAAAACCUACCUACUUGCACUUACUAUUUUGCAUUCUAAGAUUAUAGCUGUUCAGUAACAUAUAUUCAAAUGUAUAUAUUUUUCCAACUAGAGCACUUGUUUAGCUCUUUCUGUGUUCUACAUGAUUUUUGCUUUCCAUAUGCAAUUUCAAAAGCAUGUGUAAAAAGCUCCCGCUGCUUAAACAAAGAUUGACUAAAUCAUACUUGGUGCAUCAAUGUUACAUAAUGAAGCAGGUUUUUUUUCGUACUGAGAGAGCCUGAAUGUAAAAUGCAAACGUGUAUUUUAAUUGUAUAAAACUUUUCAGGAAGA